GGUCGAAGAAGAGGUUUCAAACGCUGAAAAUGAAUUGGAGGCCAUCAACCGCGAGGUCUCCGUGGAUGCACCACUAGAGCAAAUUGAGAGAGCUGAGCGACAAUUGACGCGGUUAGAAAGCUCUAUGCCAGCAAAAGUGAUAGGUGCCUUACGUUGUGGGGACUCUGAAACUCCUAGCCUCCAUCAUGCAGUGCCCCGACAACGCGAAAAUCCGCAUCGAAGGUGCCAUCAAUCGUCAUUAUAUACACUAUUCUUCCCAAUAUUAUGUACAUGCUACUAA